UUAUACCAAACAUUCUUGUAGAAAUCGUUAUUUCAAGUAAAUAAAUGGAAAAAUGUAAGAUUUGAAUCAACAUCUAAUCAACAUCUUCCUAUAACUUUUUUAACCGAAGAAGAACAAGCAAUGAAAGACACCGUUGCAAAAUUUGCAAAAGAACAAAUUGCACCAUACGUACGUGAAAUGGAAGAAGCUGGAAAACUACGACCAUCACUCGUCGAGGCUUUAUUCAAUAACGGAUUAAUGGGAUUAGAAAUAUCUCCGGAAUAUGGCGGAUCCGGAGCUAAUUUUAUGUCAACGAUUCAAGUUAUCGAAGAAAUUUCAAAAGUCGAUCCUGGUGUAACAAUUUUAGUCGAAGUACAUAACACUUUAGUAACAGCGAUGCUUCAAUUAUAUGGAAGCAAAGAACAAAAAGAUAAAUAUUUAACAAAAUUAGCCACAAACAUGGUUUCUAGUUUCGCUUUAACGGAAUCCGGCUCCGGCUCGGACGCUUUCGCGUUAAAAACAACCGCGAAAAAAGAUGGAAAUGAUUAUGUUAUAAACGGCACGAAAAUGUGGAUUUCAUCAUCCGAUAUAGCUGAGUUCUUUAUUGUUUUUGCCAACGCUAAUCCGGCUUCGGGUUAUAAAGGAAUAACUUGUUUUAUCGUGGAUAGAAACACCCCCGGAUUUACAAUAAAUCGGCCAGAAAAAAAAUUGGGGCUCCGUUGUUCCGGAACUUGCACCUUAACCUUCGAUAACGUUCGUGUCCCCCAAACGAAUGUUUUAGGGGAAGUCGGGAAAGGUUAUAAAUACGCAAUUUCAUUAUUAAAUCGGGGAAGAAUUGGAAUUGCCGCGCAACAAUUAGGGAUAGCUCAAGGAUGUUUUGAUGCAACGAUUCCUUAUUUAUUUGAACGGAAACAAUUUGGGCAAAAAAUUUUUGAUUUUCAGGUACUAAUUGAUUACACUGAUUGACAAAAAUGAACUUGUAAUUUGUCGCAUGCAUUCUUUUUGGCAUUUUUGACUUUAUUUAGACUCCCUAAGGUGGAAAAUAGGUG